AUGUCGAUCCGCUUUUGGUUAGUUAUUAUGAUAGUUGUAUCUACAGUAAUGAUUGAUGGUUUUCCAUAUUUAAGAACGUUGACAGAAGAUGAAUGUAAAGCAUAUUUUAUAUCAAAUGAUAUUAAUAAAAUUGUUUAUGCUUAUUUUAAUUGUCCAAAAAAAUUACGACCAAAAUAUGAAAAUGUGAAAUCUUAUGUAGUGAAACGUUCUUUAGAAUCUUUCGAUGAUAAACAAGAAAAAUAUGCCAAUUUAUUGUAA